AUGGCCGUGACCUGGCAAGAACUCGCCGCAGCGCAUCGAGCUAGGCAGCAAGCAUCCAUAAACCCGGAAUGGAUUUUGUCGCCAGAAUCACUCGCGAAGCUCGCGGGCACCGGGCUUCCCGAUGAAGGACGCUUGAUUGAGCGCCGAGUCGUAGAAAAGUCAGGGCUCCUAACAGACAAAGAGCUAGGGAUUACAGAACACUACAGCGUUAGGGCUUUGUUGAAUAUGAUGGCGACAGGCAAACUCAGCGCCUUGGAGGUGACUGUUGCGUUUUGCAAGCGAGCUGCCCUGGCUCAGCAAUUGACCGCUGACUCGGAAAAUAAUAUCUUCGGCCGCACUCUGAAUCCACUCAGACCUAACUUGACAGCAGGCGGCUCUUCGGGUGGUGAGGGCGCGCUGGUUGCCUUUCGAGGCUCUCCAAUAGGUGUGGGAACCGACAUUGCUGGCUCUGUUCGUAUCCCGUCGCUGUGCUGCGGCGUCUACGGCUUCAAACCUAGCAUCGACCGCGUUCCGUAUGGCGGCCAAGCUCCCUUUCCCUACCCAAUGCUCCGCGCCCCAGGUGGAAUCGCCCCAGCUGCCGGACCACUAGCCCACUCAGUCGACGAUCUGACGCUCUUCAUGCGGGCUGUUGUUGGCAGCAGCACCCCGAAUGCCUCACGCUACGACCCCAAAUCCAUUCCUCUGGCCUGGCGCGAACUUGAGACAUACGAAGAGAACAAGAAGCUGACUAUUGGCAUUCUCACUGAGGAUCCAGAGUACCCUCUACAACCACCAGUACGCCGCGCACUUGACGAAGCCGCUGCCCGGCUCACCCGUGCAGGACACCGUCUAGUUACACUGCCUCAUAAUGCCGCUAGCAGCGCUGGGCUCGGUGGCCGUCUCAGUUUCCAAUACUACACUAUCCUACCUUCCCCAGAUGAAAAGCCAUUGGACCAGGUAUUGGGCGAGCCACUCGUGGCAUCAUUAGCUAAGGGUGUGCAUCCCUUCACAGGAGGUUUCCCCGUCGAUCCGGCUCUGGAACUACCACAACGAAUUCAUGCAUUGACGAUGGCGCGCGAUGCCUAUGCUGCCGCCUGGCAUACGCUGUGGCGUAAAUACGAGCUGGAUGUCGUGUUGGCACCCGGGGCGGCUACGACCGCCGUGCCACAUGACUCUUACGGCGUGCCAGUGUAUACAUGUAUGUGGAACCUAAUCGAUUAUCCUGCUGGUAUCAUCCCAUUUGGAAAGGCAUCUAAGGACCUCGAUCCCCAUCCCCAAAAAGCGGUGGGACCCUUCGAGCCCGACUAUGAUCCGAACGCUAUGGAUGGAGCUCCGUGCGCAGUGCAGGUUGUUGCGCCACGACUACAAGACGAGGAGUGCCUGCAAGCGAUGCGCAUUAUUGAUCAGGCACUCAAGAACUAA